AUGUCUACGCGUAACCCUUCUGCUCCGAUGUCUGAACUCAAGCCAACCUUAUACUCCUCAUGCGUCUCUCACACUGGGUGUUGCAGACUCUGUGAAACUUGCAACCCUGCGCCGAUAUUUGGUAUGAAGAGCCUCAAGACUCUCCUCACCUUUCUCCUCGUUGGCUUUCUGGCCACUGCUCUGAAUCGAUACCUUGGGGCCCAUGCUUCUCCAGCUGGUGAUGUGUCAGAGCUUAUGGCUCGGCACGUCGAUCCCAGCAUGGACAUCUUCUACAAGGGCGAGCAUUAUCACAACGGCACAGGCUAUAACUUCGAUCUCUAUACCGUCGAUGACUCGCUCGAUGAAGUUGUCGCUUUCGCUAGUCAGAUGGCCGUAUACGCUGAUGAUGAGGACAGCGACAUCUCCGCAAACAUCCGAAAACGCGAUUGGUAUGAUUGUCAACGUCUCUCUAACAUCCAGACCCUCGGUUGCAACAUCGGCCAUGCUCUUGGCAGCUUCGUCUCUGCAACCGGUUCAGCAGCAUUUGGCGGUUACCUCUCUGGUCUGCUCACAGAAGCCUUCUCCAAGGGCCGAGACAACAGCAGACCCAGAUCUGUUUGUCUGUCCCGCGACAAGAACAACCUGUGCGUUUCCUGGGCUUGGUAUACCGGCUCUAGGCUCCGUAGUGGCGAGGCCAACUCCAUCACCUAG